UGGUGCUCUGGCUGGGUUGUGCAAUUCUGGGUCUGUCCUUCCCCUCUCUGCACACCCUCUGUUAUUGAAAACCCUGGGAACAGAGAGAAGGUUCUCCACUCUGAAUGACAGAACACAGCGUGAUGCGGGGCUUCAGGUUCCUCCUCUUUUGGGGGUAUUGUGGCGUGUGCAGCUGGGGAAUGUCCACGUUAUCCCCACUGGAAUCCGUGACAUGGGAUCCGAAUGGGUGCAGAGAUACCACCGUGUGCCCAGCGUACGCAACCUGCACCACCACUUCAGAUAGUUACUACUGCUCUUGCAAAAACGGCUUCCUGGCCAGCAAUGGACAGAAGCAGUUCAGGGGCCCAGGAGUGGAAUGCAAAGACAUAGAUGAAUGUUCUCAAAGCCCCUCACCAUGUGGUCCUAACUCAGUCUGCAAAAACCUGCGAGGGAGGUACAAGUGUAGCUGUUUGCCUGGUUUCUCUUCUCCCACCGGAAAUAACUGGUCCCCAGAAAAGCCUGGUCAUUUCGCCUGCACAGAUAAGAAUGAAUGUGCCAAUCCCAGAACUUGCCCAGUGCAUGCGACUUGCCACAACAGUUUAGGGAGCUAUUCUUGUGUUUGCAACCAAGGAUUUGGAUCCAGCAAUGGAAAAAUGAGUUUUCAGGGCCCAGGAGAGACAUGUGAAGAUAUUGAUGAGUGCCGUGAUAGAUGCCUUUUCAAUGCAACGUGCACCAAUACCCCAGGGAGCUACUACUGUACCUGCAACCCUGGCUUUGCAGCAAACAAUGGAAAGCUCAAUUUCAUAGGCCAAGAAGCAGACUGUACAGAUAUUGAUGAGUGCCUCCAGGAUCCAUCACCAUGUGGCCCAAAUGCUGACUGCACCAAUACCCUGGGCUCCUACAGCUGUAGCUGUGCUGCGGGCUUUCAUCCCAAUCCACAAGGCUCCUGGAAACACGGCAACUUCAGCUGCAAAAGGGCUCCCUUCAAGUGUAGAGAAGAUGUGAUACCCAACAAUGAGUGGGUCCAGCUAUGCCAAGUGGGAGCAGCGGUGGAGGCUGAAUUCAUUUCCUUUUGUUCACUAAUGAAUGCCACCUUCAAUGUUCUGGAUGAUGUCUGUAAAAAGGAAACCACCGUUGUUUCUCUGAAGAGUACCGCUGAGAGCUUCGCCUCUGUGAUUGAACAAACAUCCACAUGGUCCAACUUCACUAAAGAGAAGACAUCCAUCCUGGCCACAGUCCUGCUGGAGAGCGUGGAGAGCACCACACUGGCAGCUCUUCUGAAACCCUCGGAGAACAGCAGUCAAAGUAUUCAGACGGAAUACUUGGAUAUUGAGAGCAGAGUUAUCAGUGAGGAAUGCUCUGAAGAGAGCGAGACCUUUAUCUUGAAAGCAAAAGGGGAUGAGAUGAAGAUCUGGUGUUCCACCAUCAAAGAAUCUGAAUCCGCAGAUGUCAACGGGGUGGCCUUUGUCUCCUAUGUGGGUAUGGAGGCUGUUUUAGAUGAGAGUUACUUCCAAAACCCUCAGACUCCCUUCGCCAACUCCCAGGAGAAGCUGAAGAUGAAUUCUCGUGUCACUGGGGGCAUCAUAACAGGAGAGAAGAAAGAUGGGUUCUCUAAACCUGUCAUCUACACCCUGGAGAACACUGAGCGAAAGAAGAAUUUUGAGAGACCUUUCUGUGUUUCCUGGAGCACAGAUGUGGAGAGAGGUAGAUGGACAACUUCUGGCUGUGAGUUGCUGGAAGCUUCUGAGAUGCAUACCGUCUGCAGCUGUAAUCGAAUGGUGAAUCUGGCCAUCAUCAUGGCUUCUGGGGAUCUCACGAUGGAGUUUGCCUUGUAUGUCAUCAGCCAUGUGGGCCUCAUCAUCUCCCUGGUGUGUCUCGCCAUGGCCAUCAUCACCUUCCUGCUGUGUCGCACCAUCCACAACCAAAACACCUACCUCCACCUGCACCUCUGUGUGUGCCUCUUCUUGGCCAAGCUUCUCUUCCUCACCGGUGCAGACAAGACUGACGGAAAGGUGGGCUGCGCCGUCAUCGCCGGCUUCCUGCACUACCUUUUCCUUGCGUGCUUCUCCUGGAUGCUGGUGGAAGCCGUGAUGCUCUUCCUCAUGGUCAGGAAUCUGAAAGUGGUGAAUUACUUCAGCUCUCGAAACAUCAAGAUGCUGUAUCUCUGUGCCUUUGGCUACGGGCUCCCAGGGCUGGUGGUGGCCGUCUCUGCCAGCAUGCACCCACGCGGUUACGGGACGUAUAAUCGCUGCUGGCUGAAUACAGACAGAGGGUUCACCUGGAGUUUCCUGGGGCCCGUUUGUACAAUUAUUGUGGUCAAUUCCUUCCUCCUGACUUGGACAUUGUGGAUCCUGAGGCAGAAGCUUUCUAGCGUCAAUGCUGAAGUCUCGACACUUAAAGACACCAGGUUACUGACAUUCAAAGCCUUUGCCCAGAUUUUUAUCUUGGGGUGCUCCUGGGUGCUGGGCAUCUUCCAGUUUGGACCCAUGGCCAAUAUCAUGGCCUACCUGUUCACCAUCAUCAACAGCCUGCAGGGAGCCUUCAUCUUCCUCAUUCAUUGUCUGCUCAGCCGCCAGGUACGGGAAGAAUGCAGGAGAUGGGUCACCAGGAAACCCAAACCCAGCUCCCAGUCCAUCACCUCAGGGAUCUUACUGUCAUCCAUACCCUCCACUUCCAAAACGGGUUAAAAUCCUUUCUUGCUUUCAAAUAUGCAGUGGAACAACAUUUCAGGAAAGCAGGUGCCUGCAGGAACCUACUCGGAAACCUCCUCUUCUCAGCUUACUGUGGAAACGCAGGAUCCUGCCAGCGCCACAGCGCUCUGGGCAGCUCGGAGUGCGGAUGCGUGGGGCAGCCUUCCCAGGGCUUCACACCCUGGUGAGAAACAGGAGUUUUUGUUCCAGGUCACCAUUCUACUUUCUGUGUUCUGCAGCUCCUUGACUUUGGUGGGUUUUGGGAAGAUAAUAGAGCGCAGGGCAAUAAUAGUAUUACCAAGGACUUCUGGCUGCCGAAGCUUGCUGAUGCCUGGCUCCAAGCAAUGCCUCUCCGGCACCUGUUACGUGCUUAACACACAGGGUAGCCCUCAAUACGUGACUUGUCUUAUGACUGGCUGGCUUACUUUCAACAAAGAACCCUCCAGCUUUUAAAGAAAUGGUCAGUAAAAUUGUCUUGAGAGCCCCAGGGGGGUAAAUAAAGCUCGUGGGCUUAGAGGGCGCUUUGGCAGAAA